AUGGCAACAACACCUCACCCAGCCAUGAAAAAAUCAUGGUCGAGGGGCUCCGACUCAACUCAGUUCGAAUCUCCAGCACGUUUCUGCUCUCCCUUACGAUGGGACGCAACAGACUCGCCGGAAUACCGAUCACCGGAAAACUCACCCGGAAAGUUGGUAGAAAAUCCAAUGGCAGUGGUAACCGUCAACAAGCUAAAACAGAUUUCUCAUGACAAACUCCCUGACCAACGGAAGCUGCCACCGGAGAAUACUCUUGCGGUGCUCACCCGAUCAGAGAGAGAGGAGCCUCAACGGCAGGUGACGAAAGUGGAGACUACAGAAAAAGGUGGUGAGCGGAGACCCAGGCCGGCUCCGGUAAGCUGUACGGCGGAGGAGGUUACGAGAAAGGCGGGUUUAGGGUUCCGGCUAUGCGAGGUGGUGGUGUGUCUAAUUUCUUUUUCGGUUAUGGCUGCAAAUAAGACGCAAGGUUGGAGUGGGGACUCUUAUGAUCGUUAUAAAGAAUACAGGUAUUGUUUAUCAAUGAAUGUUAUCGGAUUUGCAUACUCAGGAUUACAAGCUUGUGAUGUAGCCUUUCAACUAGUCACAGGAAAACACAUGAUCAGUCACCACCUUCGCUAUCACUUUCAGUUCUUCAUGGAUCAGGUUGUGGCAUAUCUUCUGAUGUCAGCAUCAUCCUCUGCAGCCACAAGGGUGGAUGAUUGGCAAUCUAAUUGGGGGAAAGAUGAGUUCACUGAGAUGGCUACUGUUUCAGUUGGAAUGUCAUUUCUAGCUUUUGUUGCAUUUGCCAUGAGCUCACUCAUCUCUGGUUACAUACUCUGUAACCGCCGCAACUCCAUGUAA